CUCAGGGGCUACGGCUUGCCAUCAAAUUAGCACCGGCAUUUGUUCUUCCUGCCUAAGUGCUCUCUGCUAGCGCUUUUUUGCCUAGUUAGACACGAACGCGUCCUACCAGGCAGGCAUGCCGAAUACGAGGUUAGGGAAACUACAUAUCUAUCCAAACUCCGCCGACUAACAAAAAACACAGGACAUUUGAUUUAGCGCUUUGAGAACUUUGUUACAGCCAUAAUCAUUGUGUCGACUCGUUUAACAGAUUUUGUGCCACAUCUCCCAAGAGAAAACAAGUCGCCUAGAGGCUGAGAAAGAGAUUCCAUGUCAGAGUCUGAAAUAUCCAGCCAUGCAAGCUCAGAUAACGGGUCCGACGAUUCGACUAUCGAAGUGCAGACUGAAAAGCUCCAAGAAUACACGCAACAGAUAAGAGAGAAGCUUAAGCCAGGCUUUAUGACCCAGGAGGAGCUUGUGGGCUUCGGAGCAGACCUGAUCGCGGCCGACAAUCACGAUGGAGAUGCAGAGGACUUGGCGGAAGCCAUCGUCGGGCAGCUGUGGGAAGAGCGUCUAGAAGAGGAAAAAUCGUGGCCUGCAGAGACAUCUCACGAUCGCCUAGAGCGAGCUUUCAACAGACUGGAAGCGCAAGGGAUCACGGCGGCGAUGAAUUUUACCUGCUGCAGAUCUUGCGGAUUCGAAGAGAUUGGCGAUGUGGCUAACGAGGGUGACCACGCGUUCGUUUUCUUCCACCAGCAGGAUGCGGAGCGCCUGGACGGGGAGGAUUGCGAUCUCUAUCUUGCCUUUGGCGACCAUGAAGACGAGUCCCGCGCUGCAGCCGAGAAAGCUGGCCGAGAAGUGGUCCAGUUGCUACGCGAUAAUGGGCUCGAUGUUCAAUGGGAAGGGAAUGCGAAUAGUAGGAUUGUGGUGCACUUCGACGUCUGGCAGAAACGGCUGGAACAAUAAUGUGAGCGAGGUUAGGAAAGAGCAACACAACGAUUCUGUCGAUAGCGGGACCCUGAUGGAUGGAAGUUGCUUACUCUAAUAAAUUGGGGAC